AUGGGGAAUACCUGCCGCAAAGCCGAAGUACAACCAGAGAAGGGAUAUAGAAAGGUGACGCUGGAUGAUUUCGUCGUCCAACGAGCGAUUGGGAAGGGAGCUUUUGGAAAGGUCUCGAUAAUCCAAAAGAAAAAAGGCGGCCAGCAGUUUGCGCUAAAAUAUAUCAAUAAAUCAAAAUGCAUAGCGGAGAAGGCGGUGCAUCACAUCAUACAGGAACGAAACUUGCUGGAAGAAGUCAAGCAUCCCUUCAUUUGCAACCUUCGAUAUUCAUUCCAAGAUGCGGAGAAUCUAUACAUGGCAUUGGAUCUCAUGACGGGUGGAGAUUUGAGAUUUCAUUUGGGAAAGCCGAUGAAAGAGGCAGCCUGUAAAGUUAUCCUAGCAGAAGUUGCCAGCGCCUUGGACUUUUUGCAUGGGCAUCGGAUAGUGCAUAGGGAUGUUAAACCAGAUAACAUCUUACUAGACGAAAAUGGCCAUGCUUAUCUGACGGAUUUCAAUAUAGCUGUCAAAUUCCGGGAAGAAAAGCCAUUAAAGUCAGUCGCUGGGACAGAGCCCUACAUGGCACCCGAGCUCUUGCUAGGUGGUGGAUACUUUGCUACCGUUGACUGGUGGUCCUUUGGGGUUAUGGCCUACGAGCUGAUGUUGGGCGAACGUCCUUUCCGCGGCAAACACAAGCGCGAUCUCAUCAAAAAAGGGGACUGGAAGUUCCCAAAUCCAUCCACAUCAUCAUCCGAUAUAUUAACGAAUCCUUCCAAAAAUCAAAAGCAGCAUCACCACCAACCUCGAUACCCUCGCAUAACAGACGUCAGUAAAUCCUUCAUAUCCGGCUUGAUGACUGUUGAUAUACAUAACAGGCUUGGUUGUGGUGAGGAAGGAAGAGAAGCGUUACGAGAACAUGCGUUUUUCUCAGACAUUGCAUGGGAUAAACUACUGCGACGGGAGAUUGCACCCGCCUUCGUCCCGCCAAAGAAUAAAGCAAACUUUGACGCAACGCACGACUUGGAGGAGAUUCUACUUAACGAUAACCCUCUGGGCUCAAAGUCAAGACAUAAGAAGAUGGAUCCUGGAGCAUUAUCCCCUGAGAUGAUGAUGAUAGAACGACAAUUCUUGUAUUAUGACUAUACACACCCGGAAUUCAUCGAUUCACAAGACACAGGCGGAUCACCUAUAGCUAGUAUGGAUUUGGCCAAGCUACGCGAAAGUUGCAUAUCAAUGGAUGCGGGACUUCAAGGCUCACGUUCAAUGUCCGUCAUCAAUAGUUCACGAAGUCAACAAUUUCCGCACUCAGCUUCUCUAUCUCAGGCGGAUUCAGCAAGUGGCCAAGGAAACGCCUCAGCACCUUUUAUGUUCCGCCGUGCCGCUAGCGCCAUAACCGACGACACAAAUCGAUUCGGACUACAAGGACCCGGUCCAAAAGAAGUGUUGAGAAGUCGAGCAUUGUCUCAAGGGCGGAGAGAAGAUGUUGCACCAGUCAGCGGGACAAGUCCAGGAAUAAUCAGAGGAAAUUCAGCAGGAGUGUUGAUGUCAGCAGUAAAUGCCCCGCCAGUACCAGCAAUACCACCAAUGGCAAACACCGGCUCGCAAAAGAUGCUAUUAGAAGAGACGAACCAGGCGCUAAAGUUAGGAAUAGACAAGACGGCGCCUGUAGAGAUUUCGGCAUAG